AUGUCUUGGUACGAGGUUGGCAGAAACGCUGGCAGGAGUGAGGGGUACAGUUCUGGGAGGGCGGCAGCGCUAGAUGAGCUCAGGAACAAGGAAGCAGGGGAGAACAACAAGACCAAGCAGGCUUGUCUGGAGGAGCUCAAACAGGAGGAUCCGAAGAACAUUUACUACUUGUCAAACCUCAUUCGAGAUUUUCUUGCUGAUUUCUAUAAAGCAGACUUUGACGGUGACGGACGCGUUACCCUGCAAGAACUGUGCCAAGUCUGGAGACCUAACGACGAGACAACUUACAAGACACUUGCAGUCGAGUUCAGGGAAGCGGAUGUAACUGGGGACCAGAAGCUAAACCUGGCCGAGUUUUUCAUCCUCGGCUUUCUUGGAGAUGACCGCAAAAAUGGCUACAAAGGUGCUAAGAAAGUUGACUCGUAA